ACAUUUUCCGAAUCCCACCUCUUUGUUUAUUUCUUCCCUUUCUUUUAUCCCCCACCUCCAUUCCCCCACUCUCACCCUCAUUUCUUCUCCCUUUCCCUUUUCCAUCCCCAUACCCACACCACCUUUGCCAUGUCCCCAAUUCCCUUCCCUUUCUUUCUCUUCUUUAUCUCCCUCUUCUUUGCCUCUUUUUCCUUCACUAUGUCCAGCCCUGACGCCCUCAAUGUCCAAUCCCUCCCUCUAUCCACAUCCCCACCUGCAACGAUCCCUGCAUUUCCAGAGCAAUCCAAUGUCGUUGGUUGUCCACUUGAUUUACCUGAACAACUCUUUCACAGCGUUAAGAACGCUUGCGGCACUAAGAGAAACAAUGGGGUGGCGAGUGAGCUCCACCGCAGUCGCUGCUGUCCUGUUCUCGCUGCAUGGCUUUACGCCGCUUACUCCGCCACCGCCCUUGGUGGGGUUGGAAGAGUAGUGCCAGCGGUUGCGGGGCGUACCCCAUCUUAUGACAUGCCAUUGCUGCCGGAUGACUCGGAAACCUGUGUGGAUGACUUAGGGAAAGCUCUGAAACAGAGAGGCGUGGAGUUGGCUAAACCGAACGAGACAUGCGAUGCGGUGUAUUGCUAUUGUGGCAUCAGGCUUCACCCACUGACUUGCCCUGAUGCUUUCUCAGUGGACCAAAAGGGCAACCUUGUAGGGGAUGACAGUGUGGAGAGAUUGGAGAGAAAUUGCUUAAGUAGCAGCUCCAAUGUUAAUGGAUUUCCAGGUCUUGGGGGUUGCAACAAGUGCUUGAAAAGUCUUCAUUUGCUCAACAAGAAGAAUGCUUUGAACACAAGCAAGUCAGAAGAAAGGACCACCAAAAUGCGCAACAAAGAUUGCCAGCUGAUGGGUCUCACAUGGUUGCUCGCCAAGAAUCGGACCUCUUACAUUCGGACGGUUUCCGCGGUUUUACGAGCGAUGAUGAUGAGCAAAGAUGGUUCGAGCCCUUCUUCCUGCACGUUAAACAGCGACGGAAUGCCGCUACCGGUCGAUUCUUCUGAAAUAUAUGAUCAGUCGUCAUCGGUUACCUUUAACUUAUCCCAGCAUCUGCCAGUUCUAUCGCUUUGCUUGUUGCUUAUCCACCUUGUUGUAUUAUCAUACAAGUCUAGUUAGAGGGCAUUGAUAUGGCUUGUUGUUGCUGGUGUUGAUGUUGAUGUUGCUGUUUUUUAGGCUGUAAAAUUCUUUUGUUUCAGUUAGUUUGGUGUGUGAGUUUAGAUCUGUGAAAUUUAUGGGCUUUUCCCCAUGAAAAUUUAAGGAUUUUGGGUUCAAAAUGGUAAGUUUGAGAUGUGGGGCUUGUUGGCAUGUGCCUGACUCAGCACUGCCUUGUCUUGUAAGGACAAAAUUUGGGGGAAACUGGUGAUCAAUUUGUUGGCAUCCUUGGGAGGAAAUUUUAAACACAGUAAUGCCAUUCACGAGAAA